GGAAAAUUGCCUCACGGCCAUUGUCAAUUUCUUAGGCUUCUCAUCCUUUUUACCAUUCCAGCAACAGCCACUGCCACCUCAUGGAGUCGCGCCGGCUGAUUCGGAUAAUUUAUUAUUCAGCCCUAUCGGUUCAUUGAUUAGGUGCAAUUAUACAGGACUCGGUAGAUACUACAUGGGUCCUGAUGCUCAUGGGAAUUGGAGUGUUUGGCUCCAGAGCAAAAAUGAAAGUCAGGACAAGUCCAUUACUAUUGACACAGAUUAUGAGGAGUAUAUUCCCCAGGGCAUAGACAGACAUUAUUCUGUGGAUGUUGGAAUGGACGAGGCGGAUCCCAAAACGCCCGAUGGCCGUGAUUAUCGUCAAGGGAAAUAUUUCAACAAUUCAUACCCUGGCCCCUAUAUUGAGGCCUGUUGGGGCGAUACCAUCCAUGUUCAUGUCACCAACAACCUGGAACAUAAUGGAACUGCCAUCCACAUGCAUGGGAUUCGCAUGUUCAACGACAGCCUUGCAGAUGGCGUGCCAGGUGUCAGCCAGUGUCCAAUUGCGCCGGGCGAUAGCUUCACCUACAAGUUUCGCGCGGUCCAAUAUGGCACAACCUGGUAUCAUAGUCAUUACAGCCUUCAAUACACCGAUGGCUUGCUUGGCCCAUUGACUAUCCACGGGCCGGCAUCUGUUGACAGCUAUGACGACGUCAUUUACCCUCUUAUGAUAGCCGACCACAACAAUAGGAGCGCCUUUGAGGAUUGGAGUUGGGCAACCGUCGAAGGCAAGGUACAAGGGCCAAUCAAUAUGGAAAGCAUUACAAUCAACGGAAACGGGAGCUACCAGGGCAGAUACCCCAAAAACCGAUACAGACAAAGGGUAGAGCCAAACAAGCGAAUCCUUCUGAGACUCAUUAAUGCGUCAACGGACACGGCUUAUAUUUUCAGCAUCGAUGACCACGAGCUGGAAGUCAUUGGUGCCGAUUUGGUGCCAGUCCAUCCAUACAACAAGACACAUCUAUUCAUUGGAAUUGGUCAGCGGUACCAUGUCAUACUACGAACCAAACCCGAGAACGCACAUGAACCGAGCUAUUGGAUUCGGACUGAACCAGCACAACACUGUGAGAAUUUUGCCUGCGAACCAAACGAGAGGCAGGGCAUCCUCCUGUACGAUGAUAACGUGGCUCACGAUCCUACAACUGGCAAACACUACUAUGACCCCAUGUGCCAGGACGAAAACCAUACAGACAUAAAGCCAGUACUUAAAUGGCAAGUACCAAGGCCUAGUCCUGAACAGUUGAAGAGGAUAAGAUUUCUUUUCGAGGUAAAGAGAGAAGCAAACUUUACACUCCCACCAGAACCCGAGGGCGGCAUUGUUGCUGGGCCAAAUAUCUCGGUCUGGAAGAUCAUGGAUGAUCCUGCCUGGGUGGACUACACAGACCCGACAGUCAACCACACUGACAGAUCCGAGGGUGAUUGGCCCCCAACCGCUGCCCUCUUUGAAGUAAACGAAACGGUCUAUGGAGAUUGGGCAUACAUGUUGAUAGAUGGUGGACAUCAAAAAGAGGAGAAACCGAAGAAGCCUGGGGAUUCUGUGAUCCCUGCCGCACACCCAAUACAUCUCCACGGCCAUGACUUUGCUCUACUAAAGCAGUCAUAUGACCCAUUCAAUCAUGCUAUCAUCAGUAACGAGACGAAGAUGAACAGCUUUAUAGACACCCUCACACUGGACAAUCCAGCGCGUCGCGAUGUCGUCUUGUUGCCCCGUAAUGGGUAUAUUGUGAUUGCCUUCAAGGUCGAUAACCCUGGCGCUUGGCUACUUCAUUGCCAUAUUGCCUGGCAUGCCUCUGGAGGUCUGGCAUUGCAGAUUCUGGAAGACAAGGAGCAGCUGUCUCCGGGCAUCAUCGGCAGUCCAGCCUCGGAUGCAUCUGAACAACUUCAAGAGGGAUGCAAUAGCUGGAAAUCCUGGUAUGGUGACUGGAGCAAUCAUGCGAAUCCGACUGGGCGGUUUCAAGAUGACUCGGGCGUUUGAAGUUUCUCAGGUUCAUGGAGAGGUGCAACGGAAAGCCGUACGAUAUAUAGGACGUAUGAUGCAGACGUGUACAGCCAC